AUGUCGGUGUCCGUAUAUUACAAAAAAUUACAUGCUCUAAGGCAAGAAUUGGAUCAUCAUGAGCCCCUAAUUUCUUGUACUUGUUGCUCCGAUUGUACGGUAGGUCAUUUACAUGAGGUUCGUCGUGAGCAAUCUAAACUUCAUGAUUUUCUGAUAGGUCUGUAUUUCGAGUAUUACUCUUCAUUGUGGACUAAUAUAUUGUCUCAAGAUCCGUUACCAAGUCAUGAUAGGGCUUAUCAUCUUGUGCUUCAAGAGGAGCGUAUUCGUACGGCCAAACACGAAUCUGAGACAACGCUGAUUGAGGCUCUUGGAUUUGCGGUUCGUGUUACUGCAGGACGGGGUCGUGGUUCUGCAAAUCGUCCUGUAUGCUCACAUUGCAAGAAGAUAGGACAUGUGACUGAAAAGUAUUGGUCGUUUUUGGUGUGUUCUCAUUGCAAGAAGCAUAGUCAUGAUGUUAGUAAAUUUUAUGACAUCAUCGGUUAUCCCAAAGGGUGGACUGAAAAGAGUGGAAGACUGUCUUUCGCUGGUCAAGGUCGUGGCUUGCUGCAUGCAAUUGCCACGCCCGGUAGCACCUCCACGUCUUCAUCCAUGACAAAUUGUUUUGAUGUUUCUUCUUGGAUUAUUGACACCGGUGCUACUCAUCAUGUUAUCGGUGAAAAAUCUUGGUUGUUUGAUGUCCAUACUGUUGAUUGUCCUGUUGGUUUGCGUAAUGGUGAAAAGGUGCUGGCUUCUUUGGAAGACCCACUGAAGAAGUUGAUUAAAACGGAAGUUAGGAGGGAUGGACUAUGCUAUUUUAGCAAACUGAACGUGGUGCAACAUGUGUCUACUGUCAUGGCAGUGUCAGCAUUGGAAUUGUGGCAUCGAUGA